AUUGUGUUCCCUGCUUGCCUCCCGUGCACAGUCUGAGCUGGUAUACGACGAGAGCGACCCGCAUGCGCUUUGAGCUCACUGCAGAGAGCCAGGUUAAGCUAUCCUCCCAUUGAACACACACAUGCAGUAGAGCGCACCGAGCAGCAACUGCAUCCAUUCCCUGAGCAGUCUGACCAUGAAAAGAAUGGGGAGCGACCUCUUCCAACAGUCGGAUCUGUAAUGCUUUGCUAUUAAAUAAAUCACUGCAGGACACUGUGUAGUCGGGGCUGCGUGGCACGAUGCCUCUUGUGAAGAGGAAUAUCGAACCGCGUCACCUGUGCAGGGGGGCGCUGCCAAAUGGGGUCACUAGUGAGCUGGAGUGUGUCACUAACAGCACUCUGGCUGCCAUCAUCAAGCAACUGGGCAGCCUCAGUAGACAUGCUGAAGAUAUAUUUGGGGAGCUUUUCAAUGAAGCAAACAGCUUCUGCAUGAGGAUGAAUAAUCUUCAGGACAGGGUCGACCUCCUGGCUGUUAAAGUCACUCAGCUUGACUCCACCGUGGAAGAAGUUUCACUUCAGGACAUCAACAUGAGGAAAGCGUUUAAGAGUUCCACAGUCCAGGACCAGCAGGUGGUCUCGCGGGCCUCUAUUCCCAACCCGGUGAUGGAGAUAUACCAGCGUUGUGACAAGCCUCCUCCACUCAAUAUCCUCAGCCCAUACAGAGAUGACAAGAAAGACGGCCUGAAGUUUUACACAGAUCCUUCAUACUUCUUCAACCUGUGGAAGGAGAAGAUGCUGCAGGCCACAGAAGACAAGAGGAAGGAAAAACGGAGACAGAAGACAGGCAGCCAGCCCACCGCAGAGCCAGUUAGGCCCAAAUCCAGGCUGAUCCAACUGCAGCCUGGCAGCCAGCCCACAGCCACCCCGUCCAGAAGCACCCUAUACAGCCCAGAGCAGAAGCAGGUGGAGGACCCGAGCCGAGAAGUGAGGAAGGUGCGCAAGGCGAGAAACCGUCGCGAUGUGUGGAACCUGAUGGCGUACGACAAGGAGUUCCGGCCCGAUAACAGGUUCUCCCCCUCUCCGUACCACGCUGUGUCUUCUGAGGGCUUGCUCUCUCCAGACAACAGGUCUGCGGCCUCUGAUGCAGAGCACUCCUACCCUGCUAGUCCGAACCACCCCUCCCAGCAGGUGAGUGCGUCCAGCUCCUACUCCACCGGCGACAGCAAGGAGCUGCUGGCGGCCCCAGUGCAGACCCAGUCACUGGACCGUGCAUACAGGGGCCCGGCCACCACAGCAGGCAGGCAGAGCUCUCUUGGCAGGGUGCAGCAGCCCCACGUGCCCCUGCCCCCCGACCCAGCACUCAACGGACCGCGGCCUCCCACAGCCAAGGACUACAGUGCCAAGCAGAUCCCGGAAUACUUUGUGCCCCCAGCUCCUCCUCCCCCUCCCCCUGUCAUUCCCUCAGCGCAGACCGCUUUCGACAGUCCAGCUGCCCCCCCUGCCCCUCUGCCCCCGAGUACUGUCACUGCGGUGUCUCGACCGUACUCCCCCUCCCCCCCUCCGGCCCCCCCUAUCUCUUUCCCUCCUCCCCCGCCUCAGCCCCCUUCUGGUGGCCCUCCUGUGGCCCCUCCUCCUCCCCCUCCGGGCCCCCCCACACCCCCCCCCUCCACUGCCCACACCGCCUCGCCCUCGGCAGCGCAGGACUCACGGAAGUCUCAGAUUCCACUCGUCCCCAUGAGCGACGCGCGCAGCGACCUCCUCGCAGCCAUUCGCAGAGGUAUUCAGCUUCGAAAAGUUCAAGAGCAGAGGGAGCAGGAGGCGAAGAAGGAGCCGGUGGCGAACGAUGUGGCCACCAUCUUGUCACGCCGCAUCGCGGUGGAGUACAGCGAAUCAGACGACGACUCGGAGCUGGAUGAGAAUGAGUGGUCUGAUUGAGACAGCAGGGACCAGGGCUUCAAACCAGGCCUCGGGGCUGCCACUGCCCUAGUCAGCAACCUUCUGAGAACUGUCAGUUCAAAUGCAGUUUUCAAAUACAUAUGUAAGGCGUUGCGGGGUGUCAUUGUGGGAGCGUUUGUCAGAGCAUAUACAAAAUGACAAUAACGACAAGACCAGAAUGCUAAAUUCUUAACGGCAGAUCAACUUCUUUUUUGCCAGAAAGACAAUCAAUGCUAAAUUGCACCGACUCAAGUACACUGAAGAAGCCGAAACAUUUGCCUACCUGACUUAGCUUCUUGUAGUUUUACCUUGAGAAUUUUGAUUGACUGUUUUCAAAUCAUGGAUGAUUGCUUUCAGAAGCGCGGAAGGUUUGUGUUUCAGCCACUUGCAAUCGAGAAACCUGAAUGCCUGAGUUGAAGCCCUGUGGGAUGAUAAGUCUGAAUAUAUGCUAGGCAGGCAUGAGACCUUUCUGAUUUUACUUUCUUGUAUACCGAGGUGUAUUAUAAAGUCAAAUAAGCUCAUGCAGUCUUGUCCCCACACAGAUCUAGCCGUGGAUACAUACCAGGUCAGCUGGUCACUCGCUCACCACAAAAUAAACCGAGCUGCUGAACAGCCAAGCGGAACAAAGAACAGGGUAACUUAGUACAAUCAAUGAAGCAUUUAUUCCUGCAAGCUUAUCUGUGUAUAACUAUAGUCAUACAAAUAGCCCAGUGCUGUACGUAACGGCUGAUGUUGAAUUACUGUAAUAGUAAGCAUUUGUUCAAGGUAAUAAUGAAUAAUUAAAAGGAGACUGUUUUUAAUGUACAGUGCGCACCAAACUGUGUCAUGUAAGUGCAUGAUUUCGUAGUGGACUGAUGGUUGGAUUAACAUUGUGAAGCUAGCACAGAAAUGAACUGUUACAUGGAAAAAAACACACAUGCUGUCUGUUCUUUUAAUUUAGAGCUUUCUUAAGGGAAAUCUGCAGUUUUAUUAAGGAAUAAACUCCUGUGUUUGUAGGACUACUGAUAAUAACCAAGGCUUUCAAAUAAAUGUUCAUACUUUAUAUUAGUAUGAUCUACCUUAUCACUUCCCCCUUCCAUUGUGUUGACGAGAUUUUUUUUUUAUUUUUAUCAUACAUUUCUGUUUCCUGGUAAUCACAGCUAUGUAGUUAUUUCAAUUUUAAUGACAUAGACUAAAACCCGCUGGUGUUUCCUGGUACCUAAUCACUUCCUGUUCUGUGGGUCACAUGAUCUCAUUACAGGAUUCUAUUGGCACAGCUGGAUUCUGAAACCGAGAAAAUUAUUAGAAUUUAAUAUUGUUCAAAACGUUUACAGUUAUAUCAGCAGUAAAUAUCUGACAUUUAUUUUGUGCUUUUGAAUUGAACUUAAGAAAUUCUUAUUGAAUAAAUAAAUAUCCACCAAACUGAUUUUUAUUUUAAAAACUACAAGGAUAAAACAGAUCAUACAAGGAAGUACGUGUAACUAAUACAUUCCUUGGAAGAAACAAGUACACAGUGUUACCCACCCAUACUCAUUGUAUAUAUAUAUAUAUUAUAAAUGUCUAUUUUUCAUGAAAAGAAAGUUAUUUUGCCUGCACCCACUUCUCAUAACCUGUUAUUACAUGCUCUUCCUGUAUUAGUCUGCUUCAUCUUUACUGCGCAGUAACAUUUCACACGAAUACACCACAUAAGCACUGGACAUAAUCACCAACAUCAGUGUUAUGAAAAGUGUACAGAACAUUCCACUGCUGGUUAAAGAAUAAAAUAUGUUUGAAUAUAAAACAAAUUUGAGCAAUCUGUCCUACUACACAUGGGGGGAAAAAACCCCAAAGUUGUUGUAUUUGCUUGUAUCUUUUGAUGCAUUUGCAGUAGCAGAUGAAAAGCUGCAGUAUUGUGUAUUCAGAGGUGCCGUAUCCCUUUCAUCUGUAAACGUUAUGUUAAAUUCAGAAGCCUUUGAAUUGGUGAGAUUUUGAAGGAACCCUUACAAAAACAAUCCUUAAAGAGUCCUACAUAAUGUUUAGAUUGUGUUAUUAUACAGUAAAAGAGUGCUUUAAGGUCAGUGAAACGGCCGCCUCACCUUGACUGGCCUGUAUAGCGAGUUUUGGUGUUUGACUCUUUCUGUAGUAAUCAUGGGAAUUCUAUAGGGCAAAGGACAGGAUUCCUGUUACAAUUACCAUAGAUUAUUCAGUAAAUAAAGUCCUAAAGAGGAGUAGUGUAAACAUGUGCAGCAUAUUCCUGGUUUCUGAGAAAUCAUGGGAAAUCGUACCCGUUCAACUCUUUUGCAUAGAAGCAGGUGCAGCCAACAAAGUUGAAAGGUCACAGUGUCACGUGACUUCAAGAACCAGGAACCAAAUUAUUGGCUUGCAAAUAAAAUGGGGUUUAUAGUAUCAGGAUCUUGAAAGGGUUUAUUUUGUAAGGGAAACAGGAAUUUGAAAAGGCUACUGACGAGUUAGUUGGCUUGUUUCUUGUGAGUUUUCCCCCUACUGUUUUAGUUGAGAAUUCACAAUAUAUCCCUUGCAUUUCAGGUGAAUUCAGGAGAGUUUUCCAAAAGCAUUACACACAGUUGCCUCUGAUUACUAUUUCACUACCGUACAGCACAGCAUGCCACUAGCAGCCAUCACAUUUACACAGGGUGCUUAUGAAGUCACUUGUGGGCUAAACUGCAAUAGAGGUGAACGGCUGUUAGUUACCACAUAAGAAGAUAAGAAAAGUUGCAAAAGAGUGGAAGCCAUUCAGCCCAUAAGUGCACAUCCGGUUCCUAUUAAAGGAAUGAUAGCAGAACUUUGUCUAGCCAGCUUUUAAAGCAAUUGUAGCUCACAAAAUAGUUCCAUGAAAUGUCUCGCAUCCAUUCAUCUAAUGUGCAGUUUUGAAAGAAAGCCAUGUUUUAGUAAACAUCUAUUUUCAUUUUAAAACAUGCUAUCUGGUUGAAGGUUAGAGGUUAAAGAAAUCUCAGUUUUACAAGCCAUGCUUUUAGAUUGUCUUGCACGUUCUGUGACUUUUUGCUUAGAGGGUGAAAUUCUCCCCACCCCUUUACUGGCUUCUUUUCUAGCCAAUAAGAAAUCAGCUGCUUCCCCUAUUGACUGACAUGCUUUCAGUAACAUGACCCAGAAGACACUGCUGUGGUGGAAUGAUCCACAAGAGGAAGCAGAUUACCCAAGAAUAAGGUAUACAAAAGAGCUUCCAAAUAUCAUGUUUAAACAUGCUAGAAUAUGUGUUUCUUUCAAAACUGCACAUUUGAGAUCUGUGUAGUUAGUGAUAGUGCAAAAUGCUGGAUUAGUACACUUUUGACUAUAUAACCAAGCAUUCUGAUUCUCUUUUUAAUUGCUUCCCCACACUGCCUGGUUGCUGACAGCGACAAGUCUACUUGUAUAUACUGCAGCAGCAAGUUAAUGCAACUUAGUGUUCAUUAGCACCCCCUAUGGGUUACAAUUGUGGUGUGUAAAUCCUACCUGCCAAAUCUUAUUCCUCAGUAAAUACACUUCAUCCAGCACUGCUGUUCAGACCCAAUAACCACCCUGCAUGUUAAAUGAUGUGGCUGUGGGGCUUUUCAAGGUGAAGGUUGCUAGAGUUUUCUGUAUUGAACGUUCUUAUCUGAUGUGCUGUUGAAACGGUUCUUUCUUGAGGCUGAAGAAAAGGGACACAGCAGCUUUCAGGUAUACUGUAAGUUCUAAUGAAUAUGUAUGUAUGGCCUGCAGUUUAUAAUAACUCAAUAUAUGUCUUGUUAAAGGAACUGUUGUAUACAUUUUUGGUAAAACUGCUUGUAAGUAUUUUUGGUUAUCUAUAUAAAGUGGUAUAAUGUAUAUGUGUGUCUGUGUGUGUGUGUGUAUAUAUAUAUAUAUAUAUAUAUAUAUAUAUAUAUAUAUAUAUAUAUACACCAUGUGGAACAUAAAUGUGGGCAGAUAUGCAUGUAGAAAUAGAUAAUAAAAUACUUUUAUGGAAA